AUGGAUAAAUUAUAUGGAGACUAUGACAAGGUUUUUGAAAAGUAUAAAAACAGCAAUUUACACAAGAGAAAAAAUGAAAAGGAAAUAGCUCAGGACAGCAAGGUGGAAACAAAGGAAAAAAAUGCAUUGAAAAGGGAAAAAAAAGUGUAUGAAAAAAAACCUAAAAAGGGAAACAACCUCCCUUCAAGUGAAGGAAGAAAAGAUACCUUUACACAUCCGCAUAAUAACUUACCCACUGGAAUUCCAGAAUAUACCAUAAAGGGUAAAAAGAAGGACGACAAGGGUGGAACUAAAAAAGCCAACAAUGAUAGUACUCACGCUACCAACCAUGAAAACGGUUAUUCUAGCGAUCAUGCAAGCAAUCACCUUGGCAAUCACACUGCCAAUAAUGUCAGCAAUAAUCUAAACCCAAACUCUUAUCCCAACCCUGUCUCGAGCAAGCAGAAUGGAAGCAACUACAAUAGAAGUUGUAACAACAGCAACAAUAAUCAGGUGAGGGAACGCUCCGUAAACGAGUAUAAAAUAAGAAAAAAAGUUAGCAUAGAAAUUAACCAAAAGAUUUACAGCGAUUCUGAAAAUACACAUUUUGAUGAUAAAUCGUUUUUAGAAAACAAAUUUGGAAUGAAUGAAAAUAAUUACAACUCAAGAAAAAAAAAAAUAAAAAAUGAUGAUCAAAAAGUCAACAAAAAAAUGUUAAAUAAAAAAGACAAAAUCAAGUUUUUUGUAAAUUUUUUAUUUGUCCUUUAUUAUAUAUUUUUCCUUUUUCAUUAUAUAAUUGAAAUUCAAUUAAAUCAAAUAUAUAAUGUAGUUAUUAACACUUUUACCAUUAUAAUAACAACUGUGCUUUUAUGUUAUAUUUACUUUCUUAAGGCACGAAAUAAAAAACUUAAAAAAAUCAUCUUCUACAUAACUACGUAUAUAAAUUUGCUCUAUUGCUUGCAUAUAUUCAAUACAUUCACUUUUUGGUUAAAUAUAUACCUCAAUUUUACCUUAAGUAAGAGAAUAUAUUUAAAAUACAAAACAUUGUAUAAAAAUAUCUCCUUUGUAUUUUCAUACUUUAGUUUUGAUGAAAUUUUUUUUUUUCUUUUAAUUUUCUAUGCACUCUUUUUCCUAACAACAUCAAUGUUAACCUUUACUCUCUUUUAUUACAUAUAUAACUUUAUAAAUUAUUCCUUCUGA